AACAGAACCAGCGAGAUAAAGAAGCAAGGGUCAACAAAAAGGAGGCAGAAGUAGAAAGAUGGCUCACAGAAAAACCAAUGGAAGCAAAAUCUUCAUGACAGUGCUGUAUAUGGUGGCAGCAUGCCGGGCCGUCGCCAUCAACGACCUGCUGGACCGAGCCUCUCAGCGCUCCGACAUACUGCACUCCCUCAGUACCACCCUCAGCCAUGACCUGGAUUCUCAAUUCCCUCCUAUAGGCCGGGUGAUCAUGCCCCGGCCCUCAAUGUGCCACACCGCCUCUCUGCAGACACCUAUUGACAAGUACCAGGCUCUUCAAGUAUCAGAGUCAGACCUGUUGUCAUUGGCUCGCUCCUUGCUCCAAGCCUGGGAAGACCCCCUGGCGGUCCUCUCCACCUCUGCUAACACGCUGCCUCACCCGGCCCAGAGCAGCAUAUCCAACAAGAUCCAGGAGCUGCAGGAGCACUCCAAGAACCUGGGAGAUGGCCUGGACAUCCUAUCUGGCAAGAUGGGUCCGGCGGCUCAGACCAUUUCCUUGCUGCCCUACAGAGGAGGUAAUGACAUCGGCGAGGACAAGAUUUCCAAAUUAAUCAACUUCAAUUUCCUGUUGUCCUGCUUCCGCCGCGAUUCCCACAAGAUCGACAGCUUCCUGAAAAUCCUGCGCUGCCGGGCAGCAAAAAUGCAACCGGAGAUGUGCUGAGGAGUGAGACGGCCGGCAUGAUUUUUCUCAAAGCUUGUUUUGACCAACCAACUAUAUUAACAUUAGCACGCUUUGAAUCUGCUGUAUUAUCCUAAUUACUAGUUACAUUCUGAGCUUGCAGAAGGUGAAGAGAAGGAGUUACAUGGCACACACAGGAAAUCCGAUUUUGAAACUUUUUUUU